AUGACGGAGCCAGCAGCAAGGGAAUCGAGUGGAGUCCUACUGGGGAGGCUGUUCCUGUCUACGGCCAGCACCAUAAUAGACGUCCGUAAUGGGACGAUCAGCUUGGACUUCAAUGGAGAGCAAUUCACGUUCAAUAUCGAUGAAGCCAUGAAGAGGCCGGCCGACAGCGAAAACGUGUACUCAGUAGAUGCGACUGAGCCCUUAGUACAGGAGUACUUGGAGGAAAAGUUCUUGAAGAGGCAGUUCACUGAUUCCGCUGUUGAUGAAGAAAUCGAGAGAGGGGUUGUAGAGUGGUAUGAGACCAUGAAUGUCGGAGAAAUGGACGACCAAGCCAUCGCGAAAGUGAUGAUGGAUUUUUGUGAGCGCCCACGACCAGCUGGGUCAAGAGGGAAGGCUCAAGUGUCUAGCCUAGAGAAGCGGCUUGAUCAAGGAAAGCUACUAGAGAGAGAAGCGGCAGAAAACCCUCUGCCUACUGAAGAGCCAAAGCCCGCGCAGGAAUUGAAGCCAUUUCCAGCACAUCUUAAGUACGCCUACCUGGGAGAGGAAGAAACGAAGCCUGUAAUAAUCAACAGUCAGUUGACCCAGGGGCAGGAAGAUAGAUUGUUGGAGGUAUUAAGAAAGAAUGAGAAGGCUAUCGGCUGGAAACUGACAGACCUGGUGGGCAUCAGCCCGGACUUGUGUAUGCAUCAUAUCCGAUUAGAGGAAGGAGCCAAACCACACCGUGACCAACAACGAAAGCUCAACCCCAACAUGAGGGAAGAGGUGCUUAAGGAAAUCGUCAAGUUGGUCUUAAUCGGAAUUAUCUACUCCAUCCCGGACAGUAACUGGGUCAGCCUAGUACACAUGGUGCCGAAGAAAGGGGGAAUCCAAGUAGUAAAGAAUGAGAAAAACGAAUUGAUUCCGACAAGGCCAAUCACGGGGUGGAGAAUGUGCAUUGACUAUAGGAAGCUGAACGCAGCUACGAAGAAAGAUCAUUUCCCGCUGCCUUUCAUUGAUCAAAUGCUUGAGAAGUUGGCAGGGAAGCAGUACUUCAGCUUCCUGGAUGGUUAUAGUGGUUACUUCCAUAUAGCAGUGAAUCCGGAUGACCAAGAAAAGACGACGUUCACAUGUCCUUUCGGUACAUACGCUUACAGGAGGAUACCUUUUGGCCUCUAUAACGCCCCAGGCACUUUCCAAAGAUGCAUGAUGAGCAUCUUCUCUGAUCUGUUAGAAGAAAUCUUCAUGGACGACUUCACUGUCUAUGGGGACACAUUCGAUCAAGGGCUGCACAGCCUGAACAGAGUAUUGGAAAGAUGCCGACCGAAGGACUUGGUUCUAAACUUUGAAAAAUGCCAUUUUAUGGUUACCGAAUGA